AUGGGGGCCUUGCAGAUCCCAGCACGAAAAUACAAACUAUGCAUGGCUGUCGGAGGUUGCGUGCAAAGUUUUACGUAUAAGAUUAUGGUUAAUGUGGCUGAAAUUGUCUAUUUAAAAAACGGCCAACAACAAUCCUAG